GACCGCAGCCGUCGCAGCCUCGGGCAGAGUUUGCGCUCCUGCUUUGCGCCGGGGGCGCCGAAGACGGGCGGGCGAUGCCCGCGGCGUGAAAGCGCCCGCGGCGGGCGCUGACCUCUGCCCUGGUCUCUCGCCCCCUCCCGCACCCACCCCCCCACCCGCCCCGUGCCCUUGUGACCCUGGCUUUGGCGCCGCCGACCAGGCGCCCCGCGAUGUAGCUGCCCCCGCUCCUCGGCGGGAGGCGUCCUGGCCCGCGGGCGCCCGGGGCCCGGAGCCCGGCCUGGGGGCACAGCCGAGCUCGGGCGGGGCCGGGGCCGCGGUGGCUAUGCACCGGGCCCGUUAGCGCGGGGAGCGCCAGGCAGCUGAGGCGGGGGGCAAGCCCUCCCGCGGAGGAGCCGCGCCCCCGGCCCCGCCGGUCCCGCCGCGAUGCUGUUCCACAGUCUGUCGGGCCCCGAGGUGCACGGGGUCAUCGACGAGAUGGACCGCAGGGCCAAGAGCGAGGCUCCCGCCAUCAGCUCCGCCAUCGACCGCGGCGACACGGAGACGACCAUGCCGUCCAUCAGCAGUGACCGCGCUGCGCUCUGCGCCGGCUGCGGGGGCAAGAUCUCCGACCGCUACUACCUGCUGGCGGUGGACAAACAGUGGCACAUGCGCUGCCUCAAGUGCUGCGAGUGCAAGCUCAACCUGGAGUCGGAGCUCACCUGUUUCAGCAAGGAUGGAAGCAUCUACUGCAAGGAAGACUACUACAGGCGGUUCUCUGUGCAGCGCUGCGCCCGCUGCCACCUAGGCAUCUCGGCCUCGGAGAUGGUGAUGCGAGCUCGGGACUUGGUUUAUCACCUCAACUGCUUCACGUGCACUACGUGUAACAAGAUGCUGACCACGGGAGACCACUUCGGCAUGAAGGACAGCCUGGUCUACUGCCGCUUGCACUUCGAGGCGCUGCUGCAGGGCGAGUACACCGCGCACUUCAACCACGCGGAUGUGGCAGCCGCAGCGGCGGCAGCUGCCGCGGCCAAGAGCGCGGGGUUGGGUGCAGCCGGGGCCAACCCUCUGGGUCUUCCCUACUACAAUGGCGUGGGCACGGUGCAGAAGGGGCGGCCGAGAAAGCGCAAGAGCCCCGGGCCCGGGGCGGACCUGGCGGCCUACAACGCUGCCCUGAGCUGCAACGAGAACGAUGCGGAGCACCUGGACCGCGACCAGCCGUACCCGAGCAGCCAGAAGACGAAGCGCAUGCGCACCUCCUUCAAGCACCACCAGCUUCGGACCAUGAAGUCUUACUUUGCCAUUAACCACAACCCCGACGCCAAGGACUUGAAGCAGCUUGCGCAAAAGACGGGCCUCACCAAGCGGGUCCUCCAGGUCUGGUUUCAGAACGCCCGGGCCAAGUUCAGGCGCAACCUUUUACGGCAGGAAAACACUGGUGUGGACAAGUCGACGGAGGCGGCGCUGCAGACAGGGACGCCGUCGGGACCGGCCUCAGAGCUGUCCAACGCCUCGCUCAGCCCCUCCAGCACGCCCACCACCCUCACAGACUUGACUAGCCCCACCCUGCCGACUGUGACGUCCGUCUUAACUUCUGUGCCUGGCAACCUGGAGGGCCACGAGCCUCACAGCCCCUCGCAAACGACUCUUACCAACCUUUUCUAAUGAUUCUUGGCCCCCCGCCCCUGCCCCACAAUUUCUUUAAAAAAGAAAUUAUCUUUAGUUGAAUUCCAAGUGUAUUUUAAAAUAGAGGCUUUGAGCAACUAACUAACCACAUUUUAGGAUCUCGCCUGGAAAAUGAGGAAGAAAAUAACUACGCCCCUUGCAGACACAGCGGUGUGGACUGGAAUUACUUGGAAGAUCUACCUGCAACACAACAUUUGUGUCACUGUACAGUUUUGUGGACUGAGCGAGGAAAAACAACAAAUAAUUUAAGUUGGCUAGAGCUUCUGUAUUUUCAAAGACUGCCACGUGCCUUAGGAAUACUGUUUUAUCUCCAUACUUUGGAUGACUUGUUCAUUUUUCUCUCCCUCUUUUUCUCUCUGUAUAUUUAUGACCAGAGCAAAAAUGUAAAAAAAAAAAAAAAAAAAAAAGUUUGUUACUUUGAAUAGUCCUAAAAAAGAAAAAAAAAAAAGGAAAAAAAUCAAACCCCCUCCAACAGUCGCUUUGUUGUUUUAGAAUUUUAAGGUGGAAGUCUGUUCAAAUAUCAGAAUUUGUAAAAUCUAACCAGUAAUAAAACCACUUACUGAAACUA